AUGCUUAGUCACUUCGACAAACUCAAGACACCACCCAAAUCAGUUAGCAAAUAUCCAACCCUUGCCAAGCAAGUCAGCAGAUUCAGGGGCCUAGGCUACUCAAAAAUCGAUAUCUGGGACCUUUGGGAAGCCUGGUCAAGUGAAACAUUCAUCAGCGAUUCUGAAAGAGCGGCCCUGGAUGACAAAGAACCAUUUGACGAAUGGGAAGAGUUCGUACUCUUCGGACGACAUUAUUUUAUUCUUCAUGCCGUUGCCUCACAUCAAGAGUCGGAGAUAACAGUCUCGUCAGAAUUUCAUCACACAAAACCGUUGGAGAAAGAAAGUAUAUUCUAUGUUUCAGUGGCCAAGCGUGGUGCAGAAACAUCCAAGAGGCGAUUUGGCGACGUACUCGCAAUUACAGAUCCCACUGGAGCCGCGUAUGCUGUUCACAUCAUGGGACUCGGGACAAGUGGUAGACGAGAGUCAUACGAUAUUUACAGUCUAGAUGGAAAAAUGGACAUGCCCAUCGUUCCCAUCACUGGACCUCUCCCGCGCAUGUGCCACUCGAUAACAGACUUAGGCGACUACGGCGUGCUUUUGGUCGGUGGUCGCACUUCUCCGGCCAAUGCCUUAUCAGAUUGCUGGAUUCUCAAUAAAGGGCUUUCGAGUCAAUGGGUACCUACCUCGAGCCUCCCAAUUCCGUUGUUCAGACACGCAGCAAUUUGUCUUCGCGGCAGCUCUCUUGCCCUUAUUUUAGGCGGCAAAACGGGACCCUCUGUAAUCUCGGAAGACUGCUACGUCUUCGAUGUGACGAAAGGCUGGUCGAAAUGUGACAUUUUGGGAGAUGCACCUGGACCUUUGUUUGGUGCAGUGCUGUGCAAUUCACCCCGUACUCGCCCCGACUCCGAAGACAGCUUUACCGGGCUGCUUGCUGGUGGAAUUGGGCAAGAUGGUUUGAUCAGCUCAAGAAAGUAUACAUGGAAGCUCGAUUUUCCUAACUCAAAGCCAACCAUUCAAUUUACUAGGUGUGAGGGUGAGUUCGAUCAUCAACUCGAGGAUAUUGCGGUGUUUGGAGCGAGAACAGUCGAUUUCGAGUCACAAACACUGGUAUGUGGAGGAGUAGGAAUCAGUUCCAAAGCACAAGGUCAGAGUAUCUUUACGGUAUACAUGACCGAAAAUGAUGCGUAUGCUGCGUCCAGGGUGGGCACUUGCCCUGAGGGCAGGGUGCUACCAUUUAUGAUCGGAUCAGCCAUGAUGAAGUACAAAGGCAGCGUUGUGAUACUUGGCGGUGGAGCCACUUGCUUCUCAAUGGGCACUUUUUGGGAGACUGGGGUCUUUCAGCUCAUCCCUAGGGGCAAAGAGGAUGGCGUGGGAAGCCCCGAAGUCACAAAACGGCGACCUCCAACAGUACGCUUUUUGGCGUCGCAAAGGGUUGUCAGUAGCACGAAUAAAAAGCUGUGGCAGGAGCCGAGUCUGGAAAAGGCCAAAGUUGCAACUAUCCCCCGCGUCCGCCUGGAAACAACAGCCCAGUUCGAAGACAUUUUGCAAGCCGGGCUGCCAGUUAUUAUCUCAAACGCCGAUCUUGGUGGCUGUGUGCAGAAGUGGACACCUUCGUAUAUGGUAGAUCGAGUUGGCCACGAUACCAAGGUUGUCGCACAUGAAUGUAAGCAUGAUCAUGAAAGAAUGGACUUCAAUUCAAAGAACUUCCGCUACAUCACUGAGACUUUUGGCAAUGUUAUGGCACGUGCCGAGGCCGGAGAGAGGAUAUACUUACGCGCACUUUCCCGAGAUGAACCGUCAGAACGACCAGCUAAUAUCCACGAUGACUUUCCUGGAUUAGCAGUGGAUUUCCGUCUCCCUGGAGAGAUGGACCGGGCCAGCCGUUGCCUAUUCAGCUCUGUUCUUAGGGUAUCUGGGCAUGUAAAUAUGUGGCUGCACUAUGAUGUCAUGGCUAACGUCUAUGCCCAAGUAUCAGGGUCAAAGCGUAUGGUACUGUUUCCGCCUCGUGAUGUAGAGCACUUGCUGUUUGCUCCUGGAGCGUCCAGCUCAAGCCUCGAUGUCUUUUCAGAGCUAGAAACACGGCAGUUGGCGGCGACGCAUCCGUAUGAAGCGGUACUUGCUCCAGGGGAUAUACUGUUCCUGCCCGCAUGCUGGCCACACGCAGCUGCAACGGUAACGGACUGGAGCAUAGCUGUCAAUGUCUUCUUUCGAGACUUGGAAAGCGGAUACACCAUUGGGAGGGAUGUGUACGGUAAUCGAGACCUCGCUGCGUAUGAGAAGGGACGACUAGAGGUCGCUCGUGUAGGAAAAAGCUUCCAGCAUCUCCCCUUGGAAACGCGCCGCUUUUACCUUAAGCGACUGGCAGAGGAACUUGAACUGACUGCCGACAGGGUAUAG